CCUCUCUGCUCCUAUGAUGCUGCUUGGCCUGCUGUGUUCAUCCAGCUCUGCACCUUGUUAUCUGAGAUGUGUACGUUCUCCUAGUUGUGAUGAAAGAAGCAACUCAGAGAGAAGGAAGGAAAAAUCGAGGGAUGCAGCAAGAUGCAGAAGGAGCAAAGAAACAGAGGUGUUUUAUGAGCUUGCUCACCAGCUGCCACUACCACAUAGUGUCAGUACCCACCUGGACAAAGCAUCUAUCAUGCGGCUGACAAUUAGCUUCUUACGAACCCGCAAACUUUUGAGCUCAGGAGGGCCUGAGACUGAAACUGAAACUGAAAAACAGAUGGAUGCUUUGUAUCUUAAAGCUUUGGAAGGGUUUAUCAUGAUGGUCACGCAGGAUGGAGACAUCAUUUUCCUAUCAGAAAAUAUUAGCAAGUACAUGGGUCUUACACAGGUGGAGUUGACUGGACACAGCAUUUUUGAUUUUACCCAUCCUUGUGACCAUGAGGAGAUCAGAGAAAAUUUGACUGUAAAAUGUGGCUUUGGAAAGAAACACAGAGAUGUGAACACAGAACGUGACUUCUUCAUGAGAAUGAAAUGUACUGUGACAAACCGCGGAAGAACUGUCAACCUCAAGUCUGCCACCUGGAAGGUGUUGCACUGUACUGGCCACAUCAAAAUAUACAAUGCCUGCCAAGCUCAUACACUGUGUGGGUACAAGGAGCCACCCCUGACUUGCUUGAUCAUGAUGUGUGAGCCGAUUCAACAUCCAUCUAAUAUUGACGUUCCACUGGACAGCAAGACAUUCCUGAGCCGUCACAGCAUGGAUAUGAAGUUUACCUACUGUGAUGAGAGAAUUGCAGCACUGAUGGGAUAUUGUCCGGAAGAACUGCUUGGCCGUUCAGUUUAUGAGUUUUACCAUGCAAUGGAUUCAGAUCACAUGAUUAAAAGCCACCAAAACUUGUGCACUAAAGGUCAGUCAGUUACUGGCCAGUACCGGAUGCUCGCGAAACACGGUGGAUACGUGUGGCUUGAGACCCAAGGGACAGUCAUCUACAACAGCCGUAACUCUCAGCCACAGUGCAUUGUGUGUGUCAACUACGUACUGAGUGAGAUUGAGAAGAAGAAUGUUGUAUUCUCCAUGGACCAGACAGAGUCUCUGUUCAAGCCUUGCCAGGCCAUGAGAAAUAUGAAUGGGAAGCAUAUCUGCGGUGGUCCAAUGCCAGAUGAUGGUAAUCUGCUCUUCAGUAAACUGAAGGAAGAACCCGAAGAAUUAGCACAACUUGCGCCUACACCUGGAGAUUCCAUUAUUCUACUUGAUUUCAGUGUCAAUGGAAACCAACAGUUCGAGGAAGCUCCUCUUUAUAAUAAGGCUAUUAUUCAACGAAACAAGCUGUGGCCGACGGAAGCAACAAAACCAAAUGUGAAAGGUCCUACCGAGCUCAGCAAGCAGUCAUCACCGGAUCUGCACCAAUUUACAGUACCACAGGUCCCAUCGGGCAAUUCCACUCCACGCACAUGCAGCAGCACCUCUUGCUCUUCAGUAAGUGAUCAGAGAAAAUUACUGUCACAAAACCGGAGAACAGCAGCAGCAAUGACUUACAUCUAUAUAAAACCGUUAGCGUGGAACAAGCUACAUGUGAAAACGGAAAAUGAAAAGAAAAUAAAUUAACUAAAGGAAUGGACAUUGUGCCAUAGUUGUAGUGUUAGGAGAGGUCGAUGAAAGGUUGUUUGAAGUAAUGCCUGCUUGCAUGUCAUACGAAUCAGGUCUAGUGGUAGGGUAUUUGGCUGUUUCAGCCUGCUCUGCCAUUUGAUAAGAUUGUCACCUCAACUCUGCUUUCCUCUCUACUUCCUGUUCCACUUGCUUGAUGAUGAAGGAGCUAUCCAACUUGACUUUAAAGAUAUGCAGUGACCCUCCUCUACUGGUCUCUAUGGAAGAGAAUGCCACAGACUAAUGAGCCUCUGAGAGAAAAAUAUUCUCUUAAUCGCCACCUCAAACAGUUCUACCAGCCAUCCCCUGAAGGAAAAUCAUUCUUUCAGUAUCCACCCUGUCAAGCCUGUUCAGGAUCUUAUAUGUUUCAACAAGGUCACCUCCCAUUCUUCUAACCUUCAAAGGAUACAGAAUGAACUCAUCUCACUACAAAGCCCUUUAUCUUGGCAAUCAUUUAAGUGAAAGUUCUCUGAACUGCCUUUAAGGCAACUAUAGUGUUUCAUAAUUAGGAAGACCAAAACUGUAUGUGUAGUCUCACCAAUGCCCUAUAUAGCUGUGGCAAAACUUCAUUACACCUAUAUAGAAUUCCUCUUGUAAUGAACAACAGAAAUCCAAUUGCCUUCCGAAUCAUCAGCCGUACGUGCACGCUAAUAUUUUGUUAUUUAUGUAUCAGGACACCCAGGUCCCUCUGUAGUGCAGAGUUCAGCAGUUUCAAUUCAUUUAAAUACCAUACCAUAAAAAAAAAUCUGCCAAAAUGGACAAGUUCACAUUUUCCAGCAUUAAAGUCCAUUUGCCAAUUUUUUGCCCACUUGGUUAGUCUGUCUUUACCCUUUUGCAGACUUCUUACAUCUUCUUCACAAUUUACUCUCCUGCUAAUCCUUGUGUCAUCAGCAAAUAUAUAUUUGCUCCCUUUACCCAGGUCAUUGAUAUAAAUUGUAAAUAGUUGAGGUCACAGCCCUUAUCCCUGUGGCAUUCUGCUACUUACAGGUUGCCAAACCAAAAUUGACUAAUUUGUUUCUACUCUUUGCUUUCUGUAGGUAAGCAAUCCUCUGUCCAUGAUUAGAUGCCACCCCUACACCAAGAGCUCUUACUUUGUUUACUUACAUUUGAAAUGCCAUUUUAUCAAAUCCAAGUAUACUUUUAUCAAGAGAUAGCAGGAACUGCAGAUGCUGGAGAAUCUGAGAUAACAAGGUGUAGAGCUGG